AUGUCAACUCUAUUCAGACAAACAUGUCUACAAGUUUUCAAAGCUCAACAUUUACAGUUUCAAUCCAAAGCGUUCGAGUACUUAGAGGGAGUCUUUAAAGAGAAUGAAGUUCCUGAGGAAGAGGAACGCACGGCAUUGUUAUAUAUAGCACGAGAAUAUAUUAAGCAGAAUAAAGCUGGUAUAGUCACACGAAAGAAACUAAAGCAAGUGGUGACGAGCCUCCAAGUUGCGAAAACACAAGAAAACAAUCCGGAAAAUGACGAGGAAAGUUUCGACAUUGAUUAUGACAAGUUCUUUAACGUGAUUAGUUCUUUUGAUAUGCCGCGGAUAGAGUAUGAACCAUCUAUCAAGAAUUUUAAGAGUAUUGAAAAACAUCCGCGAUUUAUUGGUGAUGAGACCAGCCGCUCCAUUCUCUUCAAAGGACGAUAUAAUCUCCUAAUCCAAAGAUUAUUGCGAAACGAAUUAUUUUCACCAGUUCGCUUCGAUAAUACAGAUUCUGCAAAGUUUCAUCUGACGAGCAUUAAAGAUCUCCGUGGAAGAACACAAAAAGAAUUCCUAUUAUUUGGAAUGCUAACAAAAAUAAAUGAGGGAAAAUAUUACCUGGAAGAUGCAGAUGAUAAAAUUGAGUUGGAUUUCUCGGAAAUGAGCGCGCCAUCUAGUAUAUGUACAUCACACAGUUUUCAAUUGGUGCAUGGUACAUACAAUGAAGAAACGGAAAUAUUUCACGCGUCGUAUAUCGGGAAUCCGCCAGUUGAGAAAAGGUCGGACACGAGAAAUGCUUAUGGAAAUGUCGAUUUUUUGGGUAUCCAGAAACAAACUACAAAUGAGUCAUUAUUAAUGCUAUAUCAAGAGAAAUGGCAACAUAUCAUGUUUGUCGUCGUUUCGGAUGUUUGGCUCGACCAAGAACAGACUUUAGACAAACUUCGAAAAAUGUUUAAAGAAUAUCACAAGAACGGGAUGACACCAUUCGCAUUUAUUUUCAUUGGAAAUUUUUCAUAUGAGCCAUUUAAACUUGGUAUUGGGCAGAGUCGACGAUACACCGAAAUGUUUAAUACACUAGGAGAACUAAUUUCGGAAUUCGAAAAUAUCGCGAAUCACUCACACUUCAUAUUUGUUCCCGGACCUGGCGAUCCUUACGUGGGUGGAGCUCUGCCUUACAUGCCGAUACCCGAGCGAUAUACGUCAAGGUUUAAAGAAUAUGUUAAAAAGGCAGUGUUUACGUCAAAUCCGUGCAGAAUACAAUUCUUGACACAAGAAAUAUUAAUAUAUCGAGAAGAUCUAAUAGAUAAAUUUCAUCGUAAUCUGUUAUUGAGAGGCUCGAAUAAUAACCCGGACUGUUACUACCAGGAGGUUAUUAAAUCAAUAAUUGAUCAAAGUCACAUAAGUCCAUUCAAACUUAGUGUUCGUCCAGUAUACUGGGAAUUCGAUCACGCGUUACGACUAUAUCCCCUGCCAAAUGCGUUCAUAAUGGCAGACCGCUUUCCACAAUACACAUUCGAUUACACCGAAUGUCACACGUUAAACCCGGGAAGCUUUAAUCAGGGAACUAAGGUUCAGUGGAUGCACUAUUAUCCGGCGCGAAAUUUUUCGGAACAUUGGUAA